AUGACUCCAGAGCAGGCCAUACAUGCUAUCCGCCGAAGCCUCGCAAAGGCGUCUCUGGAGGAGCGUCAAGAUGAACUGGGCAACUCAACGUCACUCGACAAGAGCUUCAGCAAUGCCGUACUAUUCAGAUACGGCGCUGAGAUCAGCAACGAGGUUGGAGUUGACCUUCCCAAAGGUAAUGAAGCUACGGCAGACGCUUCAUUGCACGCCUCGGUUGAGGUGCUCUGUCGCACAUGCUACAUCAAGGGCACUGCCAACGUCGAUCUGACCAUCGACGGAGACUUUGACGCUGGCGCAGCGAUUCAAAGUCUCGGAGACAAGUUCGAGGUCGUCAUCGACAACAUGACUGACUAUGUCGACACGUACAUUCGCGACGUUUUUGACAAGGUGCAAGAACAAGGCGUCAGCAGUAGUGCUUUUGAUCUGCCUCCGCUCGACGUAGAUCUGAACCUUGACAUCCAGGGGAUUCCUGAGUGCCAACUGCACUUCGGCUUCGAUGGCCUCGAGUUGUACAUGGAUACCCAGCUUACGAUGACGGCGGGCGCGACGUAUUCUUUGAAUCUGUACACGUCGGUGACGCCUCUCGGGUUCAAAGUCGGCGAUGUACUCGUCGGCGUGACCUUCGUUGUCGAUCUCCUCCUCAGCGUCGAGUCAGAAAUCUCCGUUGCGAGUGGCUUUCAUCUAAAAUUGGAUGACGGCAUCGCUAUUGAUAUUGCCCUAUUUUCAGAUGAGGUUUCCGAUAUAGUCUUUAACGGCGGCCAGUUUGAGUUCCUCCCGGUCACGGUUGAAAGCGAUGGCGUGACCUUCAGAGCUCUCCUUCGCGUCGCUAUCCACGCAGGCCUCGAGCUCCAUACUCCCUUCCUCCCAGAUCUGUCUGCCGGAGACUUUGAGUUCCCGAGCGCAGGUGGCGGCAUUGAGGUUGCCGUCUGGGCGGAUCUCGCCGACCUUACGACGAGCAUCAUCACUGGUAGUGCAGACUCUGAUAUUCGUCGACGCGAUGAUGAUGCUGAAGAUGAAGACGACGAAGAGGAUGAAGACUGUCAGCUUCGCGUGAGGCAGGAGUUUGUCUUCGCCUUGGGCGCCGCUGCUGGCGCGACCAUUGCCAUCAUGGACCAGACCUGGGGGCCGGCUCCGAGCACAGAAAUCCCCAUCUGGUACACAACGCUGGCCGAUGAAUGCGUCGUCAGCCCGAAGACGACUGCGUCUAGCACCUCAAAGCUCGGCGAGCGGCAGGAUGAUGAAGAAGAAGAAGAAGACCUCACGACGACGACGUUGACGAAGGAAAUUGUCUUUACAGCACUGGAGUGCAUUUCUAUUGGACUCAUGAACUGCCCGGCGCCGUUGCAGAGUCUGCGCGAAGUGACCGAGGUACAGACACUCGUGACGGCAGUCGCGUCAGGCGUUGAGGCCGAGUGGCCAGAGGUGACGGCGAUGACGAUCAACCGCGUUGUAGAAUUUGGGUCGGGUGCGCUGGGACUCGAAUCGACGUCUGGGUCGCCCGUGUCGUACGUUCCACCUCCACCGCCGCCCACAAAGUCACCUACUUCGGACAACGGUGACAAUGACGCGGAGGGAUCCGAGAAAGACAGUAUUCUGGACGGUAAGGCUUGGGGAGUUGACAAGAAGGUUAUCCUCGGCGUGAGCAUUGGUCUCGGCGUCCCAGUUCUGCUGGCCGUUAUUGCCAGCAUCAUGUUAAUUUCUUAUUAG